AUGAAUUUUUCAAAUGGCUCAAACUUCAACAGCAUUAUAUUCACUGAAAAACAGUUUUGCUUCGAGUCCUUGAGUGGAUCAUGUGAGAAAAUAAUACGGCCUGUUAGCAUACAGUUCCUCAUGUUCUUGUUCAUGGGGUUGACUGUGCUGGUAACAGUGAGUGGGAACCUCCUGGUCAUCACCUCCAUAGCACACUUUAAGCAGCUGCACACAUCCACAAACUAUCUCAUCCUCUCGCUGGCAGUGUGUGAUUUCCUUAUGGGAGUGUUUGUGAUGCCCUGCAGUGCAGUACGCUCUGUCCUGGGCUGUUGGUACCUGGGCAACUUCAUGUGCAAAAUCCACACCAGCACUGAUAUCAUGGUGUGCACCUCGUCCAUCUUCCACCUGUCAUUCAUCUCCAUUGACCGUUACUUUGCUGUGUGUAACCCGCUGAUGUACAGGUCCAUCAUCAACUCAGUCACCAUCAUCAUUAUGCUCACCACCAGCUGGGUGUUCCCUGCCAUCUUUGCUUAUGUGCUGAUCUUCUCUGAGCUCUACAUGAGAGACACUGGGGAUUCCGUUGUAGCCCAGGUGGCAUGUCUCGGAAGCUGCUCAGUGGUCUUCAGUCAGGUGACAGGAGCAGUCUCCACUACACUUACAUUUUUCCUUCCAGGUAUGAUAUUGCUGUGCAUUUACCUUAAAAUCUACACGGUCGCCAGAAAACAGGCUAGGGCCAUUAAGCAGCUGACACAAAAGUUUGACACGAAUGCAGCAAAUGAGUCCAGGGCAUCCAGGCGAGAAAGAAAAGGAGCAAAAACCCUGGCGAUUGUGGUUGGCGUUUUCCUCACCUGCUGGACCCCAUUUUUCCUGUGUAACAUCAUUGACCCUUUCACUGGCUAUUCUGCUCCUCCACUUAUGUAUGAUGCCCUUUUUUGGUUUGGUUAUUUGAAUUCAGCUUGUAACCCUGUAGUUUAUGCCUUCUUUUACAGUUGGUUUAGAAAAGCUUUCAAGAUAAUAAUUUGUGGUGAAGUAUUUUAUAGCAAUUCUUGUCAGAUGAGGCUAUACAUGGAAUGA